UUUUUAAACUGCACUGUGUUUACCAAAGUCGCGUAAAAGUUAAGAAUCAUCACUCAUGCCUGUAUACUUUCAGAACACUUCUGAAAAUAGCCAAUAAAUUGAGAUUACUGCAACAGUUUCCUUUAAAAUGGACCAGGGAAAAAGGAAUGAAAAUUUAGCUGAUGUACUAGAACCUUCACUGCAGCAUAAGAAAAGAAUUGGGGGUGUUCCUACCUCUCUCUCCACACAGUAUUUUGCUGGUCAGUCUCAAGCUGCUGCAGCAGAGCCAGCCUUGCAGCACAAGAAACGUCUGGAAGGUUGUCCAACGUCUCUGUCUACGCAGUUUUUCUCUGCUCCAGCACCAGAACCAGAGUUCUCUUUGUUAGGUCAGCAAGAAAAGUUUGCCUCCAAUGUUCGCUACCAGCCCAAGCAAACAUUCUCUGAUGAGAAGAUGUACAAAAACAAGGAGAACUUCGACACGGAGGCUCCCCCUAAUAAGCAGCUCAGAAUGCAGAGGAGAAUUAAACCCCUGCUGAAAGAAAGGCACCCACCAAUACGCAGGUCUCCCCCCAAGUCACAAGCUGCUGUAGAUUCCCCACCAAUACGCAGGUCUCCCCCCAAGUCACAAGCUGCUGUAGAUUCCCCACCAAUACGCAGGUCUCCCCCCAAGUCACAAGCUGCUGUAGAUUCCCCACCCCCAGCCCCCAGGGGUCAGAGGGACAAUGUGGAGAUCAAGGAAGGGCUGAAAGAUAAAGACCUGAAAGAAAUGUUGGAAGAACCAGUCAAACAGUCAUCCAAGCCAGAAAAGUCAUCCGUCAGUCAACCAGAAAAGUCAUCCGUCAGUCAACAACCAUCUGUUGACAAGCACGGAGAUCUUGUUAAAAAUAAAGGGGACUCCCCAGCCAAAGCCUCUAAAGCUGACGUGACCAAGAAAAACGUGACCCUAGAGAAAGAUAAAGUGACCCAGACCAAUGUUGGUGGGACUAAGUCUGCCAUGAAGGUGUCCCAGGAUGCAAAGGUCUCAAACAUGAAUGAAUCAGUUCAAACCAAUCUAAAGAAAGGCAUCGCCAUAGCAACAGCUGAAGCUCCGGCAGACUAUGCACUGAAGUAUAAGGCAGGUGUGGCGCCCCCACGAGGUCUACAGAAAAUGUCAGAGUACCAGAAACAGUUUCAGUGGAAGCAGGGCUUGAAGGCAUCUCCACUGCUGGCAGCUGAGCAGAUUGUGUACAAAAGUCAGGCCGACCUUGGCCCCUAUAAGACCAAUGGGAUUCCUAAAGUCUCAGAAUAUGCCAGGCAGUUCCAGCAAUGGCAGCCAACUGGUUUUGGGGGAGAUAAAAACAUGAACGCCAACAACAGCAGUCUAAUGCAGGCACACAAUGGAAGGAGGACACACAAGAGAAAGGCUGAGAGUAAGAGAAGCAAAAGUGUGGGAGCUGUAGUGGAAUCUGAUGACACUGAUGAUAUGAAGGUCGAUGACCUUCAAUUUGGACCACACUCUGAGAACUUGAGGUCCAAGCUGAAAAAGAAACACGGACAGAUACGGAGAGCUGCGACGGAGUACCGUGCCAACUUCAAAUCUCCACUGAGGUAUAGCUAUGAACAUGGAGCAUGGAAAGGUGCAUGUCCACCCCAGCUGAUACCUCAAGUUACAAGUGACAGUGAUAACUUUAAUGAAAACAACAACAAUAACAGCAACAACAAUGCAGAAAAAGUGCCUUUGUCUAACUGGUAUGCUGAGGUCAUUGAACUGCGACGACGUGCAGAAGAGUACAAGAAGCGCGCCCAAGGAACACACUUCUCACGGGAGCAUUUGCUGCAGCUGUUGGCCAAAAAAACUGACAGUUAUGACUCUAGUGAGGUUGAGAACUCCCAGACACUGAAAGCUCUCAACCUGGAGGCUCCUAAGUACAAACCUAACACGAGAGUUCAACGCAAGAUCAGGCAGGAGGUCAACUCCCCUGUUGAGAUUUGCUCCCAUGAGGCAACAGAGGGCGACUCGCCAGAUUUCUCAGACGUCGAGGACAGCUCAGAUGAUCUGCCAAGGGAGACCACAAAAAAACCAGUCAGAAAAUCAAGACCCACUGAGGGCCCUCGGAAAAGCAGAAAAAUGGCGUGGCUUGAACAACAGAAGGAAAACAUUGCAGAACAAAGGAGGAAACUGAGAGAAGAACAAAGGAGAGAUGAAGAAGAUUCUGACGAGGGGGGUCCUGAAGGUAGGGACCAGGAGGGGAGACUUCCCACACCUUUACUGCGGCAGCAGAACUCUGUGAGAAGACAUCACCUUGACCUGACCACACCUGCAGUGGGAGGAGCCAUUCUCACCUGUCCUCCGACCAGGGGCAGCAAGCUUGUUAUGACAUCACGGUCUGGUGACAGUUACGUAACAACUUCUGAUGAUUACCCGGUCAGGUCACUUGCUAAGACUUACAACAUUGAUACAUUUUUAACAAUGCCAACCCUUGGCCAACCGUCUAAUGAUACUCACCCACUGAGAGACGACUCAGCUGAGUCAGACAGACCUAUGAAGAUGAAGUAUGUUAUCUCCCCUCCAUUGCCAGGAAGUGAUGAUGAUAAGGAAAAUGAUGAAAGUAAAAUGCAACCAAAAAGAAAAAGUAAAGUACCUAAACCUAGCAACCUGUCAACGUUGAAAGAAGGUUUCGGAGAAACUUACAAGAAAACACCCACCAGCUUAAACCUGGGCAAACUGCAAAAAUCUGGCCACAGUGAUGAGGAUGUUCUGUCUGAAUCUCUGAUGUCAGUCAGUUCUAGCAGUUCCCUCGCUUCUCAGGUGCUGGAGAGGACCAAGAGAAGGCAGGGCUUUUGGAGCAAGAAAGAUGAUGGUCAUUGAUUGAUUGGACCAUGGGGGACAGAGGGGGCGGGGUUCUGAAGCA